UUUCAUAGAUCUUUUACAUGUUUCCCAUCAUUUUAUGGAAAGUUAGGCAUCCAAUCUGACAGACUAAUUAAUGGGAUUUUCAAAAGGAAUCAGAAUCUCUUAAAAAACCCCAAACAAAAGAUGCCUAUGUAUCUUUUUCUCUGCUUCUAAUUUGGGUAGAAAAUAAAUUAAUUUUUUAAUAAGUCCAUUUGAAGAAUAUUAUGUCUGUGUAUCUUAUAUGUUUCCCUACCAAACUGGAAAUAGUCAAUAUACCUGUUUGUAGUGCAGCAUGUAUCAAUCAAUCUUUGCCUGACCUCAGAAAAUAAAUAGAUUCAAGGAAGGCAAUUAAUAGCCUAUCCCAUAACUCAUUAACAUUUGAUGACUAAUUUUCUGAAUGGUCUCAUUCAGAUUUGAAGUACAUGAACAAGUGUUAACAAGCCACCUCAUUAAAAUUACUUAAGCAAAAAGGAAUAAUUACUUAAAAACAAACCCUCUUAUCAAGGUGUUACUUAAUGUUGCUCUGCAGCUUGAUAGGGAGGUACUUUAUAUCACCUGGUGAUUACAUGGUUUCAUUUGCAGUGUAGCACCCUGUGGCCUUCCAGCCAUCCUGCCAGUCCUGUUUGGGAUAGCUGCCUUCCAAGAAACAGCCCAGAACAAAAUGGACACUCCAGUGACAUUUCUGAAGAGGAAAGUCUCAUUCCUAGAACUUGUAUUCAGGGAUUAUUUUUAUUCUGUCAGAAUUUCAGUUCAGGAUAUAAAGCUAACUUUAGCCAUAGAUCUUUUAAUCCAGAAAUGAGAAAUGUCCACUGCUGCCUAGUUAUUGGGACACCAGCAGACAGUAGUGCAUCUGUAGACAUUUCCUCAAGUCCCCAGUUUUUCAUUUAUCUCAGAUCCAAUGACUGUGAGCCAGCCAGGCACAGAGCAAUGAGAGAGAUGUUGGGUUGGGACUGGCUAAGGCUCUUUCCUCCUUUGGAAGUCCAUGGCUUUGGACAAGUUGCUUUUUAUUUCGAUGCCUCAGUUUUUCAGCCUCAAAGUGAGGAGAGUAUCUCCUUUAAAAUAGUCUUGAACUCUCCAAAGAGGUGUGAGAGGUAAUCUUGGAUGAUUUUCCAGGCACUAAAUGAUGUUACUACCAUUAUCCUAAUGUUUUGAACAGAUUCAGUUCUCUUGGGCAAAUGACAAUGUAAAUUAUGGCAAUUUUGGACCAGUAAUUCAGAGAUCCUUGAUGUAUUUGUUUCCAUUACAAGGGAAUGGGAUGCGAGUCCUGACUCUGUGACAAAUACAAAACUUUGUUCUUUAGCAAAUGGUUAUUGUUGGCAGUGUGGAUGUGGAAAACGGGAAUCGUGUACGUAGCAUGUUCCUACCAUGUGCACUUCCCUGGAGUACACGACAGAUGGUUUUCUGUAAACCAAAGGCUCCAGCUUUGUGAGUGUAUGGUUCAAAGGUGAUCCACAUCACAUAAAUGUUCUGCAACAGGAUUCCUGUCAUCUCCUCAAUCUUUUCUGCUACUGAGGGUCGUACUCAAAUGUUCCAGUUAUUUAUAGUAAUUAAUUUCACAGUUUCAACAUGUCUUCUGCUGAACAGGUCUGCUUUUUCAGUUAUUGACUGUCAGCAGCUUUCUGCCAAAAAUGUCUUUAAUCUUACGAGCAGGUGUAUAUCAAUUCCUCCUGGCAUCCUUGACUUGUUCUGGUACCUAAUGACUGAACCAGUGCAUAUUGGUUUUCUUUUUUUUCCUGUUUCUGAAAAAAAUAUUUCUAUUCUUUACCAUUACAUCAGAAAAGGAAGUUAUGGUAUCAAUGAGUUCUUUUGCUAAAGCUUUGUGUUACUGAUGCUCUGCCCAUACAGAGCUUAAUCCACCAGCUUGUAUUGUUCUUGAAACUUUACUCCUAAGCCAGGACAAACAAUGCUGUAGGGAGACUUGGGAUACCAGCAGAGCCACAAGCUAUUUAUUGCUGUGGGCCUAGCACACGUAGGGAGUCUGUGUCUGUAGCUGUUUAAAGUUCAGUGCAAAGUCUGUCAAUGGAUUGGGUUGCAGGGUGAGCUGUUCCCAGAGUAGCAGCAGGGUGGGCAGUAGUGCAGAGAUGAGAUGCACACUGUCUUGGUGGAAAGGAGCUGUGACCUGAGGCAGAAGGUCAUGCUUUAGAUGGAGCAGUAUCUCUAUAUCCUCCAUGCAUUUAUGGUUUAGUGACUUCAGAGGUUACCUGGAAGGUGAAGGUCUCCAGUCAAGACUUGUGCUAGUAUCUGUUAUUGUAGCACACAGUAGUAUCUACUCCUUCCCCCAGGUAUCAAAGCCUUUUCUGUUUUCCUCAAUUAACUGCCUUCACCUCAACAGUGGGCAUUGGGUUUGACCAGUUGAGCUGUUUUCCAGUUAAACAACCAGGGAACACUAGGAGUUUGAGAUUCCUGUUUGUGUAUAUUUAUCACUGAAAAAGAAAAAGAUGGGGCACACUAAAUUAGUAGUAAUUAAAGUGGCAUUAAUUAAGUAUAUCUGUUUCAAGUGAGUGAAUGUUGAAAGACAGCUGUUUCUGAAUUGUAUUACAGGCAGGGCUGUGUUGAAACAGUAGAUCUUUGGUGUGGCUUGCAGGUAUUUCAACUGUCUUGGUCUUACACUAAAUCUUAUGUUUUUGUGUGGAAUUUAAGGAAUGUCAUUUCACCCAAGUUGUUUCUCUGUUCAUCAUGAACUGUAGUGAUAGUGAUAUCUUAGACACAAGACAAACAUGUCCUGGCUGUUCCUCAGUUCUGGAAUGCAGAAGAACAUUGCAAGAUUAAAUAAAUCUGGAAGCAUUUGAUAGCUGUGGUACUCUGGUGCCCCUUAUGAUGGUAAUUUUACUGUCACAACUAUCCUAUUCUUAAUUAGGUUUUUGUGUUCAAGUGGAAGAUGAAAUAAAACCUGACCCUAUUUUUAAGAGGAGAAAUGUCCAAACAAGAUAAUAGACCUUGGCAGCCACUGUAGGUGUUUUGAGCCUUGCUAUUCCAGCAUCCCUUUGCUCCUGUUUCCUUGUUUUUCUUUUCUCCUGUCUGCAGCAGUGAAGCUUACCUGGCUGUAUGGAAAUUACUCAGAAGGAAAAACAAGGGAAUGUGAAAAAUUAAUAGUCAGUCAAGUGCAGCCACUGAACACGAGAUGUUACCACAAAAUCUACCUCAGACUUCACUUUUGUUCAUUCAGUUGCUGCGCCCUAGAUCUCAGCGGGAGCUCUGCAGACACUCCUGAAAGCCUCUGAACAGAUUGGGACAUCAAGUCACAGCAUGAUGACCUAAUAGGAGGUCAAAGUCUGAAACAUUGAUUCAGCAGUUCAAGAUAACACUGCCCUUUUAUCAGUAUCACUUCUGAAGGCUACAGACCUCCUGCCAUUUCUUUCCUGGCUACUUCAGAAACACUCAGCUGACCUUUCUUUGGUGAAGAAAUCUUGACUUUUCUCUCUGGUCCUGGAAAUAUUAAUGGAAUACAGUCAUGUCUACCCAGGACGAGAGGCAGAUAAAUACAGAGUAUGCUGUAUCCUUGUUGGAGCAGUUGAAAUUCUUUUAUGAACAGCAGUUGCUAACUGACAUAGUGUUGAUUGUUGAGGGCACUGAAUUUCCCUGCCAUAAGAUGGUUCUUGCAACGUGCAGCUCAUAUUUCAGAGCAAUGUUCAUGAGCGGGCUGAGCGAGAGCAAACAGACACAUGUACACCUGAGGAAUGUGGAUGCAGCCACUCUGCAGAUCAUCAUCACGUACGCGUACACGGGUAACCUGGCAAUAAGCGACAGCACAGUAGAGCAGCUCUACGAAACUGCCUGCUUCUUACAGGUAGAUGAUGUGUUACAGCGAUGUAGAGAAUACUUAAUCAAAAAAAUUAAUGCAGAAAAUUGUGUGCGUCUAUUAAGCUUUGCUGAUCUCUUCAGCUGUGAGGAGUUAAAACAGAGUGCUAAAAGAAUGGUGGAGCACAAGUUCACAGCUGUGUACCACCAGGAGGCUUUCAUGCAACUGUCACAUGAUCUACUGAUAGAUAUUUUAAGCAGUGACAAUUUAAAUGUGGAAAAGGAGGAGACAGUGCGUGAGGCUGCUAUGUUAUGGCUGGAGUACAACACGGAAUCCCGCUCGCAGUAUUUGUCCUCUGUUCUUAGCCAAAUCCGGAUCGAUGCACUUUCAGAAGUAACACAGAGAGCCUGGUUUCAAGGCUUGCCACCUAAUGAUAAAUCAGUGGUGGUGCAAGGACUGUACAAAUCGAUGCCCAAAUUUUUCAAGCCCAGACUUGGCAUGACAAAAGAGGAGAUGAUGAUAUUCAUCGAAGCUGCUGCUGAAAACCCUGGUAGUCUUUACUCUUCUGUCUGUUACAGCCCACAGGCAGAGAAAGUUUACAAACUCUGCAACCCUCCCGCCGACCUGCAUAAGGUUGGGACGCUGGUAACUCCCGAUAAUGACAUCUAUAUAGCAGGUGGGCAAGUUCCUCUGAAGAACACAAAAACCAAUCACAGUAAAAGCAGCAAACUGCAGGCUGCCUUCAGGACUGUGAAUUGCUUUUACUGGUUCGACGCGCAGCAGAACACUUGGUUCCCCAAGACGCCGAUGCUCUUUGUGCGCAUCAAGCCGUCGCUGGUGUGCUGCGAGGGAUACAUCUACGCCAUCGGGGGCGACAGCGUCGGCGGGGAGCUCAACAGGAGGACUGUGGAGAGGUACGACACCGAGAAGGACGAGUGGACCAUGGUGAGCCCCCUGCCCUGCGCGUGGCAGUGGAGCACGGCCGUGGCGGUGCACAACUGCAUCUACGUCAUGGCGCACAACUUGAUGUACUGCUACUUCCCCCGCUCGGACGCCUGGGUGGAGAUGGCCAUGCGGCAGACGAGCAGAUGUUUCGCCUCAGCCGCUGCUUUUGGCGAUAAGAUAUUCUAUAUCGGAGGGCUGCAUAUUGCCAGCAAUUCUGGGAUAAGGCUGCCCAGCAGUACUGUGGAUGGGUCUUCUGUAACGGUGGAGAUCUACGACGUGAAUAAAAACGAAUGGAGGAUGGCAGCCAACAUCCCUGCCAAGCGCUAUUCCGACCCGUGCGUCAGGGCCGUCGUCAUCUCCAAUUCCUUGUGUGUCUUUAUACGGGAGACCCACAUGAACGAGAGAGCCAAGUAUGCCACCUACCAGUAUGACCUGGAACUCGACCGCUGGUUCCUGAGGCAGCACAUAUCGGAGCGCGUGCUGUGGGACCUGGGCAAAGACUUCCGGUGCACUGUAGGAAAGCUGUAUCCGUCCUGCCUUGAAGAGUCCCCGUGGAAACCUCCAACGUAUCUCUUCUCGCCAGACGGAGCUGAUGAAUUCGAGCUGGAUGGGGAGAUGGUUACUUUACCACCUGUAUAGCUCCCAAAUUAGACUGCACAACUGAGUCUGUGCUCAGUUAUAAAAUAAUAAAAGAAAUAAAUGGCUGUGAAAGAACAGGUCUGGGGACAGAAAUCUCAGAGCUGUCUUUCAUGAGUUGUAUUUUUAUGCCCUACCUAACACUUGCCGCAUUCAGUAUGAAUUAGUGAAAAGAGCAGAUAUGCUUCUAUAAUCUCAAAUACUAUUAUCAGAUAAUUGAGAAAAAUAUAUGUAUAUCAUGAACUUGAGCAUCUGACUUGUCUAAAGAAUUAAUUCUAGCUCUAUAAAGUCUCCAUUCAGGAAAAUUAGCUUAAGGAAAAAAGUAGUUAUUGUUUCUAGGAUGAUGUCACAACUCUUUUGAAAGUAUCUUCCAGUUACAUUUUAACUACUUCUGGAUAUUCUGCUUAAGUGCUAGUUAUAUAAUUGUCAGUGUGGCCUAAUUAAAGGACUGUGCUGCACUUACUAAAUACUAAUAUCUAUGUGGGUAUAGUAAUGCCAUUAAAAAAAAAAGAAACAAAUCCCAUGGAUCUACACCUGUGGUAGGAAGGGUAGAUCUUCCAUUGUAUGGUAACAUGCUGGGCAAAAUGACUGCAGGUUCAGUCAAGCUGUAUGAUGAGUUGCAUGUAUUCUAUUUUCACUAACUUAUACCUGUCUAUUUAGAAUACAGGUCUUCCAAGCAGCUGGUAGAUUACCAGGUGUGGACUUAAAGUUGCUGGGCUUGCGAUAGGAAUUGCCAGCCCUCAUAGUGCGGGUCUAUGUGGGGCUUUAAUCAGUAAAUGCCUCCACAUUCUGUAUUACAGUAACAUUGGCUCAUGUAUAUUACUUCCUGCUGCUGAUGUAUUUUUCCAUUGUAAAAUGAAGUUUUAGUGUGGAUUAACCAGGUCUUUAUUUUCUGUUAAUUUAAUAACAAGCAUUACUGUAGUGUGAUUGUGUAUAGAUAUCCCUUAGCUGUCAGGUUUUUUACUUUGGGGGGGGAAGCAAACUUCAGGAAUAUCCUGUGCUGUGUGUGCAGGAGAGCAGAUGCCUAGUGCUGCUCUGGCAUUAAUCCCAGGAACCACUAGCAGUAGCGGGGUGCCGCCAACCUAACAUGAACACAGGUGCUUCAUGACAAACCUUACUAGCAUGUUCAGCUGCAUCAUGUUCUGGCACUGUAUUUUGAAUGACAUUAAUUUAUUAAAAAAGACUGAAUCCAAA